AGGGAGUGGAGACAAAGAGGGAGGGAGAGGGGGAAUAACGGACUGUGUGGGUGUGGGAGAAGACAUGAAGCAGACGGAGCUGCGCUGCCUGAAAGAGGAGUAAUUCCUGAUGAAAACACAACCUCCUGCUUACAAAGCCUUAAAGUCUUAAGGUCUAGAGGAUGCAGUGAGUUUCUCCUGAGGUUAAUGAAUUAUCUUCAGCCAGUUUUCCAGGACUUUUCCUCCUCACAGAGACAGAGGCGUUCUCCGCUGAUCUGUUAGAGCUCCGGAGGCUGACCACACACAGAAAUGGCCAACGUGUUUCCAUACGGCCGUUUCACCCACGCCGUGGUCAGAGGCAUCCCAGAGUCCUUUGGUCAGCACGCAGAUGGAGGUGACAGUGUGGAAGUGGACGUGGCGAAAGCGCAGCGUCAGUUCGGGGUCCUGACGGGGGCUCUGAGGCAGAAGGUGGGCCUGCAGCUCAUCGAGAUCCCGGCAGACCCAGAACUGCCGGAGAGUUGGAGGAUCGAGGACAUAGCCGUCAUUCAGGGAGACACAGCGCUCAUCACACGGCCGUUCAAACAGCAGAGACGCACAGAGGCGGAGGCAGUGAGGCGGGUUAUGAACGAGCUGAACCUGACGGUGGUGGAGAUGGGGGUGGAGGAAGGGGGGUCAGGAGGGGCCACUCUGGAGGGCAGUGACGUUCUCUUCACCGGGAGGGAGUUUUUUGUGGGAAUCUCCAAACAUACCAACCACCGCGGGGCUGAGGUGCUGGCUGAUACGUUCAGGGACUUUGCUGUGUCCACAGUACCUGUGUGUGGGGGUUCUCGCCUGAAGAACGUCUGCUCCAUGGGAGGUCCUGAAACCAUCAUCUUCAGUAACAGCGAGGGGGCCAAGAAAACCCAGCGGGUGAUGGAGCAGCUGACGGACCACCACUAUGAUGUUUUAACCGUGGCGGAGGACGUAGCCGCUAACUGUGUGUACGUGCGGGGUCCGGCUAAAGUGGACUACCUCCUCCACCCCACCGUCGAUGAGUGUCCCAACAGUAUACCUGCCUUCCAGAAGCUGCCUGAUUACACUCUCCUCCCCACAGCCUGCAGCGAGGCCUCCAAACUCGGGGGGGCGCUGUCCUCCUUCUGCCUGCUCAUCAACAGGAAACUCAACUACUCAUAAAUCCGCCCUGCUUUAUGUUCAUAUUCAGUUAUGACUCUCACUGUGGGGCUCAUUUACCAUCAUUUAUCAUCUGAAAACUACAGGGAGCCACUUCAGCUUUUAACCUACAGCUUCUUUACAUCAGAAAUACAACCUGAACCAACAUUUAUUAAUAAAUAAAAGGUAAAAAAUUCAGUUUGACUUGAAGUUAAUCAGAAUUCAAUUCUCAUUAAUAGGAAUUUGUGGUUUUGGGCUGGAGGACCGAUUUUUACUCAUGAAUUAAAUUUCAACAUGUAAAAUUUUAACAUUCCAACGUGAGCUGGCAGGUUUAUUAAUAGUGAAAAAUGGAUUAUUGAUUAUCAAAAAUCAGUUCAAGUAAUAAUUCGAAUUUUAACAUCAAAAUAUUAUUUUCACUGGGAAAAGUCAUGAAAAACCUGGUUCUUUGAGGGUUCUUCAGCAAAGGCAAUUGUUCUAUUUAGAACCAUGA